UGGUGUUCCAUGUACGAAUAACGAGAAGAUAAAUGCGGAUUCAACGAAAAAAAGUACAUACUUCGGAGCAUUACCAGAAAUACGAUAUAUUAACAGCCGAAUUGAUAAAAAACCUGCUACAAGUAAACAAAAAAUGAAAUCAUGUUUUCUGGAAAAUGGCUCAAAAUUAUCGCAGCCUGUUAAGAUAAACAGGAAAACUUACUUCGUACAGUCAACUUGCACUUUCGACUCUGUGGCGCAAAUAUUACUAUCAGGUGCUGUCGAUCACCCAACUUACGACUCAGCAAUUAAAAAAUCCAGCAAUACUAUGCUUCAGUUUGUUUCCCAAACAUUGAAUACUGGAGUCAUAAGAAAAACUUACACCGAUCGAGCGCGCCUCCUUUUAAAUUGGUAUACCCCUCAACCGAAUGUGAAAACCGAAAAUAAUGUUCUGUCAUAUACAUUAAGCGGAUAUGACAGUAUUUAUAAUUUCGUGGAUAAAGCUUUGAGAACAGAACCGAGUGUGUAUAUAACGGAAGAGUGUUCUCGGCUGUGCAAACGACAGUACACAUCGGUCCUUAUGUCACCGAAUCACAAAAUAAUUGCAAAAACCGGAUUCGGCGCUCUGAAAGUGGCGCUGAACUUUUGGCCGCGUCUUACGAAAUUACGAUGUUUUACAAAAGACUGUAACGCAUCGAUGACCCGUACUAGUCGGCUGGGAAUUCAUUUAUUCAUCGAUAUGGACGUCCGUAACAAUCCGAGUGACAAAUACGGUAUGCGGUGCAAGCUUUUUGAUAUUCCUGUAUCGUUGAACUUCAAAGAUGUCGAAGGAAACGAUGUGCAAUAUCGGUUAAUUGGUGCAAUCAAAUUUACACCAGGUCAUUUCACUGCAUAUUCAUUUCGUAAUACGACAAAUUGGGAGCACUACGACGACAUGGAAAUAAACAAAACACUCCAAUCAGCCGCAAUGGAAAUAGAACCACAUCUCGUCAUCUACGUUCGGCUUCCAUAA